AUGGGCAGCAGCGUUCGGCUGCUUUGCGCCGCGGCGCUGGCGGCCCUCCAGCUCAUCUCGGUCUCCGCCCAGGCCGUGACUCCAUUGAUUCUGCUGGACUCGACGGAGGGCGCUCUGGAGACGUCAAUCAGCAGCGCCAUCACCGACAUGGUGUCGACGAACGAGGGUCUCAGCGUCAGUCCCCAGUUCGUCCUCGUCGACAGCCAGCUGCAGGACCAACAGAGAAAGGACUUUGUGUGCGGCCAGGCGAGCUCUGCGCUGUCGGCGGUGGUUGACCUGACCUGGGACCCGGUCGAGGGCGUGGCCGAGGCAGCGCAGCUCUCGGACGUGCCCUGGAUGAAGCUGGACGUCACCAACCGGCCGUACAUCCAGGCGGCCGACGACUACCUCAAAUACGCCAACGCCACAGACGCCGCGCUCAUCUUCCAGGACCAGACAGGUAUGAACCAGUCGAUUCUGUACCUCCUGGGUAACACCAUGCUACGCGUGGUCGUCAUGGAGGGCCUCGAGACCAACAUCGUCGAGGACCUGAAGAAGAUCCGUCCCACGCCCACCUAUUACGUCAUCUUCGCCGACACGGAGAGAGCCAAUCAGCUGAUGGCCGAGGCCACCAGCUCGGGUCUGAUGACCAAGGACUCGUGGUGGACGGUGGUGCUGACGGACGGACGGGCGGCCGGCUUCAACCAGGAGGCGCUGACGAGGGCCAUCACCAACAUCCAGCCGGCGGCCGAGGCAUGCUGCAGCUUGGCCGGCCUGGCGGCCGACUGCUCCGCCUGCCCCGCCGACUUCCAGCUGCCCAGUAUGACGGCCAAGCAGGGCAUGAUGGCCAUCCUGCAGGCGUUCGUUCAGAUGACCAAGGACGGCCGGCCGACGGCGGUCAAACAGCUCAACUGCGCGCUGACUACGGCUGUCUCGGACACCUUCCGCAAGGACUACUACGCCCGACUACAGCCGGCCGCCGCCGUCAGAAAGAGCAUCCGCUGGGAGCCGGCUCAGCACAGCCUGCUGCCCGACGUCGCCAUGAACCUGUGGCAGAUGAACGCCACCAAACAGAGCAACCUGGGCACCUGGAGCCUGCCCGGCCGUUUCGCCGUCAACCCCGACCACGUCUUCACCAAGAUCAAACGACACUUCAAGAUCGGCGUCAUUGUGGCCAACCCGUGGACGUACCAGAAGCUGGACUCAAAGGGCCGGCCGGUGCUGGACGACGCCGGCCAGCCCGUCUACGACGGCUACUGUAUCGAGCUGCUGGACACGCUGGCAGAGAAGAUGGAGUUCAACUACGACCUGGUGUUUCCCGAGGACGACGCCUACGGCGCCAAGGACGUGACCACCAACGAGUGGAACGGCGUGGUCGGCGACCUGGUCGCCAAGAAGACGGACAUCGUGAUCGCUGCGCUGACCAUGACCUCGGAGAGGGAGGAGGUCAUCGACUUCGUGGCGCCCUACUUCGACCAGUCGGGAAUCAGCAUCGUGGUGCGCAAGCAGGAGCCCGUCUACUCCAUCUUCCGCUUCAUGACGGUGCUGAAGAAGGAGGUCUGGUUCAGCAUCGUCGGCGCCCUGGUCGUCACCGGACUCAUGAUCUGGGUGCUGGACAAGUUCUCGCCGUACAGCGCCCAGAACAAUCCCGACAACUACCCGUACCCCUGCAGGACGUUCACUCUGAAGGAGAGCUUCUGGUUCGCGUUGACGUCGUUCACGCCCCAGGGCGGCGGCGAGGCGCCCAAGGCCCUCUCAGGACGCACACUGGUGGCCGCCUACUGGCUGUUUGUCGUCCUGAUGCUGGCCACCUUCACGGCUAAUUUGGCCGCCUUCCUCACUGUGGAGAGAAUGCAGACCACCGUCAAAUCGCUGGAGGAGCUGGCCCGCCAGUCGCGGAUUCAGUACACGGUAGUAUCCAACUCCUCGAUCCUUGAGUACUUCCGCAACAUGGCCACCGCCGAGGAGGAGCUCUUCAGAGUGUGGAAGGAGAUGACGCUCAACUCGACGACCGACCAGGCCAAGUACCGCGUCUGGGACUACCCCAUCAAGGAGCAGUAUACACACAUCCUCAACGUCAUCCAGAAAACCGGCAUGGUCACCAAAGACUCGGAGGGAUUCCAAAAGGUGCUCGAAAACAAGAAGGGCGAGUACGCGUUCAUCCACGACGCGUCCAUCGUGCGGUACGAGGUGUACCGCAACUGUAACCUGACCCAGGUGGGCGAGCCGUUCGCCGAGCAGCCGUACGCCAUCGCCGUCCAGCAGGGCAGCCACCUGCAGGACGAGAUCAGCAAAAACAUCCUGGAGCUGCAGAAGGAUCGCUACUUUGAGGGACUGACGGCCAAGUACUGGAACGCCUCGCUGCGCGGAGAGUGUCCCAGCCGGGGCGACAGCGAGGGCAUCACGCUGCACAGUCUCGGUGGCGUUUUCAUCGCGACCCUGGCCGGCCUGGUGCUGGCGCUCAUCACCCUGGCCGGAGAGGUCAUCUAUCACAAGAACAAGUCGCAGACCAAGGUCACCACCAUGGAGCAGAAGAAGAUCGGCGUCUCGGUCAUCAACGUCAACCCGCACAAGGAGUGAGCGGCCCGCCCAGGGAUGGGCUCGCGGCGCGGGCCUCAGAAGACGCAGAGACACGUUCAACAAAGGGGUAGUUGCUUUGUUGUCUAUAGCAAAGAUAAUUCGGUCAAAAGAUACUACAUGUAAAUAAGCAAUCUUAUCGGGUUGGAGAAUAUGCGAAAUGGAAGAUAAUCUACAUUCUGCUGCAUGUGUACCGUUGUUAAAUCGCGUGACAAUGGCUUACACAGAGAUUCUAUGACGUUGUGAAGCCUUCACAUAUAAAAAGAGCUUAUAAUGUAUAUCUGCUAUAUC